UGCUGUGAGCCCCUUAUUUUAGUUGUCUCACAACCCAACCCUGCAACCAAAAACACUUCAUUUCCUUCCCUUCUGACUCCUUCCACACCUUUGGCUUUUCUUGCUCUUCCUCUUCUUCCAUCUAAGCUCCUCCUAAUGCCCUCUUCCUGCCAUGGAAAGCACAAUGGAGGAUACACUGAAUCUUCCCAUGGAGUAAUGGAAUAAGCUCCAUGCAAAUUUUCCUCCUGACCUCCGAGCCUUGACAAGAGGAUAUUACUUCUGGCUUUGGCCUUGCAACCAGCCUGCACCCUGCAGCUCAUAGAGAGAAGAGAGAGAGAGAGAGAGAGAGAGAGAGAGAGAGAGAGAGAGAGAGAGAGAGAGAGGUGGGUUUGUUCUGUCCUACUUCUCAAGCAAUCUGCAUUGCUGCAUGACUCCAACAAUCAUGGGGGUAUGUCUAACUGUUUUCAUCAGUUGUACUUCGAGACAAUGAGGUGGUGACCUGAAUGCUAGGAGGAAAUCUCUAGGCAAUGCUGUUUUCCUCAUAGGGAGGAAGUGUGAUCUCCUCCAGGCAACAAGAGAUUCCUAAGGUGUCUUUUGUUUAAGGCUCAGGGCUUUACCUUCCUAGAUAAAGAGGUCAGUACUGGUCUUAAGAUUACAAUGACUACAUGGUCUUGUUGCAGUUCCGAAGCUCUUCCCUGUUAUUGUUCUUCUUCUUACAGAAAAGAGAAGAUCUCAAACUAGUCAUUUGGAACAAAUCGUCGAGUCCUAUUUUCAAUGUUUGCCUAAAUUAAACUGUUAAUCUCACUUUAUUCUAAUUUUCCUUUUUUUCCUUCUUUGUGUCUCCUCCAAUCUGUGUUUUUAGAACCCGGAUAAGGUUCUUUGGAACCUCAAAGCUUCUAUUUAGACUCCCAAGGAUUCCAAACCCAAAGCCUCAGCUCACAUCUCGAUCCUUGGGGUUGGGUAGCUCAAAUUCUGCUUCUCCUUCCUCUACUAAUUUUUUAUUUGGUUUCUUUUGUCCUUGGAACUUUUCCUUCUGGGAUUGAGGUCAAAAAGAACACAUAAAAGAAAGAAAGAGCACAAAGAUUGAGAGAGAAUGGAUCUUUCUGGUCAUGAAGGAGAGAUCCCAAUCCCAAUAACCAGUGCAUACGUUGGUGGCCAUGGCCAAACCAACAUGCGUGACACCCCCCCCAUCCACCACCCCUCCAAUGGCCCUCCUCCUCCGCCUCCUCCCCUACCCAUUGCCACCACAGAGGACCACCAGCGCCACCACCACGCUACCAACUCCCACAGCACCAAGAAAGGGGUGGCGGUGAGGUACAGGGAGUGCCUCAAGAACCAUGCAGCCUCCAUUGGUGGGAAUGCCACCGAUGGCUGCGGUGAGUUCAUGCCGAGUGGUGAGGAGGGAAGUCUGGAGGCCUUGAAGUGCUCUGCCUGCGGCUGCCACCGGAACUUCCACAGGAAAGAGACGGAAGGAGAGUCCUCAUGCGACUGCUUCCACCCCCUCAGGGGGAGGAAGGUGAUGGGUCAGAAGGGCCUCCUCCUCUCGGGAUCCGAUGCAUUCGGCUACGGCCCUGCGUGCAAUGGCCUCAUUCCAAGGGCAACCCCACACAGCAUGAUCAUGCCUCUGGGUGCCAUCCAGACCUCCGAGUCCGACGAGAUGGAAGGCGUGGGUGGAAUGAUGCCGAGGCCUCUCAUGGUGAAGAAGAGGUUCCGGACCAAGUUCACCCCUGAGCAGAAGGAGAAGAUGCUGAGCUUUGCCGAGAAGGUGGGCUGGAAGCUCCAGAAGCAGGAGGAGAGUGUGGUGCAGCAGUUCUGCCAGGAGAUCGGGGUGAAGAGGAGGGUCCUCAAGGUGUGGAUGCACAACAACAAGCACCACUUGGCAAAGAAGAACCCUCUCCAGCUUGAAUGACCAUUACCUCACUCUCAUUUCCAUGGAUUGUCUUCGUCAUUUCAUGAGCUUUUGUCUUCCUCGGACUUCAUCAAGCUUAGAUGUCAAUCCUUUCAGUGUUAUCCAUGCAUUGUGUUUACAUGAAGGCAGCAGACCUCAAGUUGCUAUC